GGGAAAAAUACGAGGUAUGCUAUUACUUAGUCAAGCUUUUAUGGAAGCUUUAACAAUUUAUGGACUGGUUGUAGCAUUAGCACUUUUAUUUACAAAUCCUUUUGUUUAAUCUUAGCUUAGAAAUAUGAAAAAUAAAUAUAUUUUUCAUAUUUUAUUGCCUUCGACUUGUCGUUUGCUUUUUCAAAUUCUAUCAAGAUUUCCCUUCUCCAAUUCUUUAUUCUUUGAGAAAAGAACCUACGGGAAGGGCCAAUUUAUGGAUGAGGAAUUAGCAUACUGACUCACUUUCACCCUUCUCGUUCAUAGACCAAGGGAAAAAUUGUUAGUGUUCUAAUAACCAAUAAAAGGGCUAGUUCAUUAGUUCAUAAUUUAUAACUAACUCGAAUAUUUUUUUAUUUUUUUACUCAAUUUCAGAAAAAAUAAAAGAAUAAAUAAAAAGAGGGGUGAAGUGCUACAAAAAGAACUUUGUUCGAUUUUUUAGUGUAUCUAUAAGAGGAGAUCAUAUGAAAAACAUAAUCGAUUCUUUCGUUUCUUUGGGCCAUUGGCCAUCUGCCGGGAGUUUCGGGUUUAAUACUGAUAUUUUAGCAAUAAAUCCAAUAAAUCUAAGUGUAGUGCUUGGUGUAUUGAUUUUUUUGGAAAGAGAGUGUGUGCGGUGAUUAUUAGAUAAUCAAAAAUAGAGGAUCUUGAAUACCAUUCAAAAUUCAGAAGAACUGUGUGGAGGGGCUAUUGAACAACUCGAAAAAGCUUGUUCUCGCUUACGGAAAGUAGAAACCGAAGCCGAGCAGUUUCGAGUGAAUGGAUACUCCGAGAUAGAACGAGAAAAAUUGAAUUUGAUUAAUUCAACUUAUAAGACUUUGGAACAAUUAGAAAAUUAUAAAAAUGAAACGAUUCAGUUUGAACAGCAAAGGGUUAUUAAUCAAGUCCGACAAUGGGUUUUCCAACAAGCCUUACGAGGAGCUCUAGGAACUCUGAAUAGUUGUUUGAACAACGAGUUACAUUUACGUACCAUUAGUGCCAAUAUUGGCAUGUUGGGAACAAUUAAAGAAAUAACUGAUUAGUCUUUCUACUGUAGGUAUUAUUUUUUUCUUUCAAAAAAGAAUAAGAAAGAAUCAUGGUAACCAUUCGAGCUGACGAAAUUAGUAAUAUUAUCCGUGAACGUAUUGAACAAUAUAAUAGAUAAGUAAAGAUUGUAAAUACCGGUAC